CAUGAUGACCCUGACGUUUUCCAGUCAGUCAACAGAUUUAAAUUAAACAGUUCCUGGACGUAUUCUACGACUUAACAGUGAAAAUAACACCAGUGCAGUGUUAUAUGUGUCGAAUUUGACGUUGACAUAUAAAAAAAAGACGCCUCAAUUGGUGUCACUGUUGUUGGAGCUCCGUGAAGCGACAAGUGACGCCGCUUUGAAACUGAAAUGAAACCAAAAGGGAAGUGAAACUACCCAACAGCUGCUGUGACGUUAAGCUAAACUUUCAAGUAAGCGAGGCUGAACGAAAAGGGCUCAAGAUGACAAGUAAAAACUACCAUUACUUCAUAGUAACGAAAAAGCCUCGCAGCGUAUUAACAGUCAAUCCUGGACGUCUGUGCUACAUGACGACACAAAAGUACAACGCACAACAGGAGACGACGAAGCAUCCCAAAACUCUCUCCGUCCAUGCUUUUGACUCGUUCACGAAUAUACCUAAAGACGUGGAGAUCAGCUGUCUGGAGGAGCUGAGUCUGGAGGACGCGCAGCUGCUGCUGGCAGUUCCUGACGAUACUGAGAGGCUGAGUAUGUUCUCUGAUCAACCUGCAUUCCAAGCUGCCCGGAGCCUCUCGGUGGGAACUGCAGUGACCGUGAAGGAAGAUGGAAAAAAUCUCCGGGGGGUCAUUCGCUAUAUCGGGAAGCGGAGGGAGCCACCGUAUCCUGACCCCAUAAGUGGCACGUACUAUGGGGUUGAGCUACAGGGAUCUGACCGAGGGAAGGCCAAAAACGUAGGGAUGUAUUCCCACGAAACGCUUUUUCAGUACGAGAAAGAUUGUGGCAUUUUAGUUCCAAUCUCCAGAAUCAAGCCCGUCGUCCCCAGCUCCCUCUCGCCUUCCAGAACCGAGCCGUCCGGGGCCUACAGUGAUCCACAAACAGAUGAGCUUUCUCCAGGAGACCGAGUCAUCUACUUCAUUGGUCCUAAAUGUCGCAGUGGAAUGGUGGUGGAGGUUCAGCAACAGAAUGGGAAUCAAAUGGUUUGGAUCUCCACUGACACGGAUGAGAUGGGACGGCGAGGGGGGGAAAUUUGCAUUCCUCUAGAAAUGGUUUCUAAAGGAGACAUUCCUGGAGACAUCACAGAGCCUGAGAGAAUAGACUUUGACACAACACCGCCAGAGGAUUACACAAACCUGGAUGUGAACUCGAUGGUGGAGGUGAUUUUAGGUAAAAGAAAUUCGUAUGGAAUAAUCCGCUGGAUUGGGAAACUUCCUGGCAGAGAAGAAACAAUGGCUGGACUUGAGCUGGAGGAGGACUUGGGUGUCAGCGACGGCACCUUCAAGGGUACCCGCUUCUUCAGGUGUCCUAACAAGAGAGCUCUGUUUGUGAAGCUCAGCUCCUGUCAUCCCGACUCACGCUUUCAUGGCUCGGCAGACGACCAUAAGCAGGAGAUGUCACAACCCGAUUACACUGAAAUGGAUGAAGACGUCAGUGGUGAAAAUCUGGAAGUGGUUCCUCCAAUCAGCGCAGAGCAGAUUGACCAUCUCCUGAUUGGUCGAAUGAAGGGGAUCCAAGGACACUGUAACUCCUGCUACAUGGAUGCCGCCCUCUUUAGCUUGUUUUCUUGCUCUUCUGCGUUGGACUCCAUGCUGUUCAAAACCACAACCUCUCAAGAUGCUCCGAUCCAGAGGACCUUGUUGCGUGACAUUGUUAUACCCCUGCGCAGUAAGGGCUUUGUAGAGUGUCGACACGUCAUGAAGCUGCGGCAGUUGCUGCAGAAACACGGCUACAGUCGCUCUUUCACCACAGAGGAGAAGGAUCCAGAAGAGUUUCUCAUCGUAGUCAUGCACCACAUCCUGGCUCUGGAGCCUCUGCUGAAGCUGUCAGCUGCUGGUAAAGUGCAGGAGAGUUACUGCUAUCAGAUUUUUCUGGAUCAGAACCACUCCCUUGUUCUGCCGACUGUUCAGCAGCUGCUGGAGCACUCCUUUCAUAACGCAGGACUAAAAUUAGCAGAGGUCCCGUCCUGCCUCAUCCUCCAGAUGCCUCGCUUCGGGAAGAAAUUUAAGAUGUUUGACAAAAUUAUUCCCUCCCUGGAGCUGGACAUCACUGAUCUGCUCUCUGAGGGGCCUCAGCAGUGCAUCAUGUGUGGACAUUUGGCAGUUGAAGAGUGUGCAGAUUGUUUUAAGGAUCCCACUUUCAACCUGACAGGAUUCAAGAUCUUCUGCCACAAAUGCUCCACUCAGGUGCACUCUCACCCCAAGCGGCGCUCCCAUCAGCCCACCCGUCUGGAGAUACCAAAGGGUUACAUGGGCCGCAGCAUCCCCCAGACGCUGAUCAGGGACAGACUGGAGCUGUACGCCGUGCUCUGCAUCGAGACGAGUCACUAUGUCUCCUUCGUUAAAUACGGACCAAACAGCCACGACUGGAUCUUCUUUGACAGCAUGGCCGACAGACAAGGAGAGAUGGAUGGCUUCAACAUCCCAGAGGUGCACCUCUGCCCAGAGGUCGGCACGUACCUUGAAAUGUCUCCCGCCGAGCUGGCCAAUCAGGUCCCUCGAGACAUGAAAGGCGUGGCCAAGCGUCUCUUCUGUGACGCCUACAUGUACCUGUACCAGAGCACAAGUAUGUGCCUCUACCGCUGAUAGGAAAACGCACUGGAAGCUCCCAAAACCAACUGCUUUGAACUUUUCUUCUUCAUCUGUUAACUUGAUUUCUGACCUGUUUGUCUGGAAGAAAUACAACUUUAAUUUACAUUUUUGCAUAUAAUCUACAAAUACUUUUAUGUAAAUAUUCUGCUGUGGGGAAUUGAUUAUCCUGCCAAGGUAAUUUAUAUCCAAACUGCUUUAGAUUCAUUCACAGCAGGAAGAACAACUGACAGCUUUCUCAGAGAAAUUUGCACUAAACACAAAAAUGCAACAAAUGUUUUCAUAUCUCUAAUUUCCAUAUUACUUGUUUUUACCUCAAUAUAGGAGUUUAAAAAGAGGGUUUCAGGCUACGAUAAAACCAAAUGAGUUUGGUUAGUAACUCUUAAACAUGUUAAUUUAUCCUGAAAGCUUGAGCUUCAUGUUUUUUAAAUGAGUUAUGGUGGAUGGACCACAUAGUUAAUUUAGUUUUUCACCCUAGGAAAUAAAAAUGUCUUCUCCUGAUGCAAGAAUGUUCUUUCCUUUUCUGUUCCAAUGUAUCCAUAUAAUACUGGGAGAAACCAAAAUUGAUCAGAAUUGCACUCAAAUGUCUAAGAUAUCUUUCUAAAGUUGAGGUCAUCUGCAUUUUUAUACUUUGUUUUUUUUAGUUAAAUAUAAAAGUGCCUUCUUACUUAGGGAGUUUACUAAAGACUCUUCAAUAAAUGGACUGUGUUGAUGCUGUUCCAACCGGA